GCCGUGUGAGCCGUUUAUCUUCAUUGAAGCCCGUCCUUUCUUAUCCCUUACCACUAUUCACCGGAGGGCAGCAGACCACCUACCAUCUUUUGUGCCUUUAUCAUUGUUGUGUGUGAAUCUACACAACCACCAAGGUCCAUCGUAUUACAGAAUGGCAGCUCCACUUUCACCCAGAGAUGCUGGCAAGUUCAUUACUGAGAACAGCAAGGAUGUGUUUGUGGACAUGGACGGUGUACGCUCCCUCGCAGAGAAGCUCCUCGAGAAGAUUGGGCGAAAGGAGAUCACCCUAAAAGGAUGGAAAUCUCUUCACGAACUGAAUCCGCAGUGCUCUGGGGAAGAUGACGUCAAUUGGGUGUUCUUUGCAGACACUUUAAAUUUCUCUUUCUGGUCUGAACAUGAAGAUAAUAAGUUUGUUGUGAAGUACAAAGGGAAGGAGUACAGCGGUUACUGGUCCUUCUGUGCGGCGAUGAACAGAGCCUUGGAUGAAGGAAUACCUCUCACCCGUGCUUCUUAUUAUUCCAACAUAACCAUGGACCAGCUGAAGCACGUACUGCGUAGUGACUCUGAUUUUCCGAUCCCAAUGACUGAGGAACGCCUGGAGAUCCUGCAUCAGACUGGAAAGGUUCUCCUGGAGAAAUUUGGAGGAUCCUUUCUAAACUGUGUGAAAAUGAGCGAGAGAAGUGCAGUAAAAUUGGUGCAGCUUGUUGUGGAGAAUUUCCCAUCUUAUAGGGAUGAAGGAGUCUUCCAGGGUCAGAAGGUGGCCUUCUACAAGCGUGCACAGAUUCUUGUAGGAGACACCUGGGGAGUACUAGAAGGACAAAACGAUGGCUGCUUCCAUGACAUCGAUAAAAUAACAAUGUUUGCUGACUAUAGGAUUCCUCAGGCCCUUGUCCAUUUUGGUGCUAUGAGAUAUUCAGAAAGUCUAUUGAAAAAGCUGAGAGAAGGUUGGCUUUUCAAAAAUGGCGAUCGUGAAGAGAUGGAGAUCCGUGGUUGUUCAAUUUGGGCGGUUGAACUGGUCUGUGACCACUUGCGAGAGUUAUUUGAGAAGAAGGGAGAAAAAAUGAGCAAAGAAAUUAAUCCUGUUCUGAUUGAUCACUUUCUCUGGGAUUAUGCUCGGGAUUAUCGGGAGGCAAUAAAGGAAGUUCCUUUUCACAGGGUUAGGUGUAUCUACUAUUAGCUAGAUACAGAAAGAUGUAACUAAUUUUAGCACUUCCUCAGCCUGUAGGAAUGAAGUAGUUAAUUGUUCUGAUGCCUAAUUGCACCUUAAAGAAAAUUUUACAGCAGAAAAAUGGUGUUGUGUAGUGGAAGAUAAACUACAGUGCCUUAUUACCAGUUUCCCCUUACCUGCUAAAAAUAUAUGGAUAUUAUCACUAGCUGUAUAUGUGGUCUUUGUUCCUUUUCUAGAUGUCUUGAUGGAGCAAAAGUGAGGCACGUUCUGCCAACCGCUUAAAUUUUUUAACUGCAAUUUUUAUUGAAGUUUUUCACAUAAGAACAAAACAAACAGAAAUAAUCCACAAAUAGUAGCACAUGGGGUCAUUAGACCCAGAAACAGGCAGUAGGACACAGAUAGUGGGCAAAAACAAAGCAACAACAACAUAUCAAUAUAUGUAAGACUCAAUCAGCCAUAAUGCUCCAUUAAUAUGCGUGGAGCCCACCUCUUGGGUGGCACAAACUGGGAGAACCAAUAAUAAAAUAAGACAAACAUAGCAGCCUAGUAGGCCACAGACACAGGGAAAAGGAGGGGGGAUGACCAUAUAGAACCACAAGACCGGCACAAAAGAUAAAACGCAAAACCCAAUAGGGGGGAGAAGAGGAGAGAAAAAGAAAAGAAUAAUGAUGUCAGGCUCACGGGGUUGGUGAUCAGAAAAGCGGUCCCAGGGUUCCCACACAGGGAGAAAUUCAGGGGUAGAGUUGUUCAAAGAGCUCUUAAGAGAUUCCAGAGAGCGGGUCUCACAUAUACGGGCCAGCAAGUCAAGUUCAGAAGGAGGUAAGGUCUGCUUCCAACAUCUGGCUAUGAGGGUCUUAGCAGCUAACACUAUAUGCAUGAAGAGCUUGAACGAACGGUUUCUUGGACAAAGCCCUAUAAGAGGUAGUGAAGGGGGUCUAAGGAAACUGAAACACCCAGGACAUCAGUAAGCAAGCAUUGCACCAAGCGCCAAUAUCACACUAUAAGUGGGCAGAACCAAAAGACAUGAAAAAACAUCCCUGAUCCCACACCACAGAGCCAGCACUGAGGGGAGAUAGUGGGAUUCAGUCUAUUCAGGAGUUCCGGGGUGUGAUACCACCCCAAAAAAAUUUUUUAUAUUGAGUUUCCUUAUAGGCCAUUCAUAUAGAGGCCUUAGAACCCUGUUCCCAAAUAGUUAGCCAUUUCUGGAUAGAGAAGGUAAUGUUAAAGACUUCCUCCCACUGACUCAUGUAGCGAUGUGAGGGAGGGUCACCGUCUAAGGGAUUAAGGAGGGAGUAAAUAUUGGAGAGAAGACCCCGUGCCUGAGGUCCAUUACAGCAUAACCGUACAAAGCCUGUGGGCUGGGACCCAACCACAGAGUUAACUGUAGAGGACAUAUAAUGCCUUAGUUGCAAAUAAUGGAACUGUUCAGAUAGGGGGAGCUCUCUGCAAGUGACAAGUAAAUUAAAGGACAGAAGAGAUUGAAAGAGGGGAUCCACCUCUUCCGCCCAACAAAAAAGACCCCAGGAACCCCACUCCCUCACCAUACCCGAGGACAGACCAGCGGGAAAGUCAAUGUGGUAUAGGAAAGACAUUAACGUGGUCAUAGCAGGAGACACUCAACCCCAAGUGCAGUUGUGCACCUAUGCUGGGGUGAAGGUCCUGCACUUGUGGUCCGUUGCUAUGGGUGAUCCCCAGCAUAAUAUGCAAACAAUGGAGGAUGCCUGCAGACGGUCACAAGUACCACAAUGGCAUCCUACACCAGAUAAAUGUGGAUGCAUAUUACAUAAUUUAGACAUUAAACAACUACAUUAGCGUGGUCUAAAGUGAUAGGAG